AUCUCCAUCUUCAUCUGCUCCUCGUCACCCCUGCCGCCGCCGCCGCCGCCGCUGCAUUUCAAUGCUCAGAGCCCAAGAACUCGUCGUCGUCCUCCUCGCUUUCGCCUCCGCCGCAGCCGCCGGAGCAUGCCAUGAAGCAGACAGGGAUGCAUUGCUUGGAUUCAAACGCAGAAUCACCGCAGACCCUUCAAAGCUCUUCCAUUCCUGGUCCCCUUCCACCGAGUGCUGCGCCGCCUGGGACGGCGUCGCCUGCGACGGUUCCGGCCGAGUAGUCAACGUCUCCCGCCCCGGGCUUUCGUCCGGCGACGACUUCAUUACCGACACCUACGUCUCCGGCACUCUCUCGCCCUCUCUCGGCCGACUCAGUUCACUGCAGCUCCUCGAUCUCAGCAAUCUCAAGCUCCUCACCGGCCGGAUUCCGCCGGAAUUCGGCUGGCUAUCUCAGCUGACCCACCUCUUUCUCAAUUCAAACCACCUCACCGGCCCUAUUCCGGCGUCUUUUCAGUACCUUUCCCAGCUGGAGAAGCUUUAUCUCAGCAACAACUAUCUCGCUGGAUCUGUUUCUCCGUCUAUUUUUCAAUCUCUGCCUUCUCUCUCAGAGCUGGGUCUUUCAGGAAACCGGUUUUCCGGCAGCAUACCGCCUUCAAUCGGCAAGCUGGUUUCAUUGGCCAAGCUUGACCUCCAUGGGAACAGCUUCUCCGGCACCGUUCCGGCGACCAUCGGCAAGUUCAAGAGACUCCAAUAUCUCGAUCUCUCUGAAAAUCACAUAUCCGGAAGUUUGCCAAAGUCAAUUGGCGGGCUCUCCAAAUUAGUCCUGUUCUAUGUCAAUGGCAACCAACUCACCGGAUCCCUUCCCUCCUCGGUGGCCGGACUUCGGUCCCUGCAAUUUUUCCGGCUAUCGGAGAACAAGUUCACUGGCAAAGUUCCUGCUUCCAUUGGCCAGCUUCCUCAGAUCCAGAGGCUGAUCUUUGAGAACAACGAGUUCAGCGGCCAACUGCCUGCAACGAUCGGAAACCUGACCACUCUCACCGAUAUUUUCUUCUCGAACAACAAGUUGUCCGGGAAAAUCCCAUCGAGCUUGGGAAAUCUACAGAAUCUUCAGACGCUGGAUCUCUCCAGAAACCAACUCUCCGGUCAAAUUCCAACCCAUUUAGCGAAGUUGCAGCUGCUGCAAACGUUAGAUCUCUCCUUCAAUCCCCUCGGACUCAUAGCCAUUCCCAGUUGGUUUGCUCAACUGAAACUUUUCCGGCUGUUACUCGCCAGAACAGGGAUAAGAGGGCGGCUUCCGAGUUGGUUGUCUUCGUCGUCCAUAUCAGCGCUCGACUUGUCCAGCAACGGGUUGGCGGGAAAAUUGCCACCAUGGAUAGCCAACAUGACCAACCUCUCAUUUCUCAACCUAUCCAACAACGCCUUCCACUCGCCGCUUCCCCCUGAAUUCAUGAACCUAUCGCUCUUAAUGGAUCUCGAUCUCCAUUCCAACAACUUCACCGGAAACCUAGGCCCAAUCCUCGCCAAGGACGUUCGGGAGCCGCUCGGCCGUUACAACUCCAUCGACCUCUCGGACAAUCGAUUCACCGGUCCCCUCGACGAGAGCGUCGGCGACAGGCCGGCGAUGGCUGCCAUCGCGUCGCUGGUUCUGUCGAACAAUCCGCUGGGAGGGACGAUACCGAAGUCGCUGGGGAAGUUGAGCGGGUUGAGGGUGCUGAAACUCGCCGGCAACGGCCUUUCGGGGAGGAUUCCGGCGGAGCUGGGGGAUGCGGAGGAAUUGACGACGAUAAUGCUGGCGAAGAACAGAUUGGAGGGGGAGAUUCCGAGAGAGGUGGUGAAUGUGAAGGGGCUGAGAGAGUUUGAUGUGUCGGAGAAUAGAUUGAGAGGGAGAAUUCCGGCGCAUAAAGCGAUGAUUCCGGCGACUGGUUUCAUGGGGAAUCCAGGUUUGUGCGGAUCUCCACUGCCUCCAUGCCGGCGCUCUCCAUAAUCCCACCAGCAUCCCCAUUUUCAUCUGGUUAAAAAUUUUUUCAACUUUCAAUAUGGAUUUAUUCACCGCCUACCAACUGAUCAAUCUGCUAAUCUCUUCAUCAAAAAACUCAAACUCUCUGCCCGCCCUUCAUGUAGGCUC